CUGAAAACGCCGGUCUGGUGUGUCUGGUGUUGGUGUGAGAGGCGUGUCUGAUCUACGGGACCGUCCGGUUUUCCUGGUGCGUGCAGCGGUCUGUCUUGUUGUUUGACGAAUCGGCUUGAUAGGCAGGCAGCAUGGUGAGAGCCAUGCAGACCAAAGAGGGAGCCAUGGUGAGAGGGCGGGUACACGGGACACACUGAAAGGGAGAGGGAGGGCCAGAGGGGGAGUGGGGAGGGCCUUGAUGCAUCGGUGGGGAAGGCACGUCAGUCAAGCUCCACUCCACUCCACUCCCAUUGUGUGUCGUGGGUGGAGUGGAUGAUGUGCUUGUGUGAUUGUGUGGUUGGUUCUAUGCUAUGCAGAAGGCCAAGGCCAAGAAGGCAGCGGCGGGCAAGGCAGCCGACGAGGACGAGGAGAUGGACAUCCCCCUGGUCAAGCAGGCCAAGGCUGGCGGGGCACCCAAGGGCAAAAAGGACAAGGAAUCUUCCAGUGCCGCCGCUGGUAGGGACUCUACACACACUCAUUCGCUCGCAGAGAGAGAGAAAGCGAUGCAUGUGUGUGUGUGUGUGUAGCGGCCGCGGCUAAGGAGAGGUUGGCCGCCAAGAAGCGUCCCCCGGUGGACGAAGGCGAUGACGACGAUGACGAUGACGACGAUGAGGAGGAGUCACCCACCAGUACGCUAAACACAGAUCCAUCCAUCCACCCUCCAUGUGUGUUGAUUGGCAGCUCGUUCGAAGGCCAAGAUGAAGGCGGCACCGAAGCCCAAGCCCAAGGCCAAGGCGGCCCCCCAGCCGGCGGAUGAUGACGACGACGAGGACGACGAUGGCGAUGACGACGACGGUAUGAGUGAACGGCAUUGCCAUCCAUCCAUCCAUCCAUCCAUCUGUGUGUGUGUGUGUGUGUGCAGACGAUGAGGAGGAGAAGGGUGCAUACGUCACACACAGCAUGAUGGGAUGGAUGGCAAGGAAGACCGAAUCUCCCUGUGUGUGUGGUCAUGUGUCUGUGUCGGUCAGUUGCUGCGGCCAAGGCUAAGGCCAAGGCGAAAGGCAAGGCGACCCCCAAGCCCGCCGCAGCCAAGCCAAAGCCGAAAGCGGCCGCCAAGCCGACAGCCAUGGACCAAGACGACGAGGAUGAGGACUCAGGUCAGUCAGUAGACAGACAGGGGCCAAUCAUGGCAACAACAGCACGGGCAGAAGCGCCUUAUUGUUCUGAUGUUGUUUGUGGUCUUUCGUUCAGAUGAGGACGAGGAAGAUGAAGAGGCAGAGCAAGGCACGGAGGAGACAGCCGGCACACGAACAAGCACCAUUCAGGUGUCUGUCUGUCUGUCUGUGUCGGUCAGUUGCUGCCGCCAAGGCUAAGGCCAAGGCGAAAGGCAAAGUCGCCCCCAAGCCAGCUGUCGCCAAGCCCAAACCCAAGGCCGCUGCGAAACCGACACCCAUGGAAGAUGACGACGGUAUGGGAAACGGGCGAAGGGAAGACCAGACGAAUUUGUUGUGCAUUGUGUCUGUGCGCGUGUUUCUGUGUGUUUGCAGACGAGGACGAGGACGAGGACGAAGACGGUUAGGCAGCAGAGAGAGAGAUCCAUCCAUCCAUCCAUCCAUGUGUGUGUGCUGCAUCCCUCCCUCCCUCCCUCCCUCCCUCCCUCCCCCAGACGACGAGGACGAAAGAGGUACUCACCCGCCCUCCCACCUACCCACCUUAGCACACACACGCCAUCCAUCCAUCCUUCCAUGUGUGUGCCUGUCGGUCAGUUGCUGCCGCCAAGGGCAAGGCCAAGGCGGCCCCCAAGGCCAAGGUGACGGCUGUGGCGGCCAAGCCCAAACCCAAGGCCGCUCCGAAGCCUGCUGCUGCUGCUGCUGCUGCUGAGGAGGAGGAGGAGGAGGACGAAGACGAAGACGAGGAGGACUCCGACGAGGAGGAGAGAGGUAGUGCGUCACGGCACAACGGCACGGAAGCGAACCAUCCGUCUGUGCUCUUGUGUGGUUGUUUUGUCAGUUGCUGCCGCCAAGGCCAAGGCGAAGGGCAAGGCCGCCCCCAAGCCCGCCGCGGCCAAGCCCAAACCUAAGGCCGCUGCGAAGAAGCCCGUCGACGAGGACGAGGACGAAGAGGAGGACGAGGAAGGUCCGUCUUUCCCUCCAAGACCACACCACCCCACUCACGCAGCAGAUUUUCUGAGUGGUCUGUCCACCGGUUCUCUGUCUGUCUCUGUGUGUGUGUGUGCAGAAUCCGACGAGGAGGAGGAUGAGAAGCCCCAGCCCAAGGCGGCCGUCGCUGCAGCCAAGCCGAAGCCCAAGCCCAAGCCCAAGCCUAAGGCGGCGGCCAAGCCCACCCCGAUGGAGGUCGACGAGGACGAGGAGGACGAAGACGAAGAGGACGAGGACGAGGAGGAGGGUCAGUCAGUCACACAAGACACCAUCGCACACACACGAGGGAGGGAGGGAGGGAGGGAGAGAGGGUGCUUUGUGAGCCUGUGUGUGUGUGGGUAUGUGUGUCUGUGGCUGCAGAGGAGGAGGCACCCAAGGCUGGCGACAAGCGGAAGGCCCAACAGGCCAUCGCCAAACAGCCCGCAAAGGCCGCAAAAGGCGGUACGUACCCACACACCACACCACCACCCCUUUGCCACUUGCCCUUCCCCCUCUCCCUCUCUGUCUGCCUGUGUGUGUGUGUGCAGAAGACGUCACGGGCCGCAAGUUGUUCGUGGGCAACCUCAAGUUCGGUGUGAGCGAGGAUCAGCUGCGGGAGGCCUUCAACGAGUGCGGUAAGAUCGAGGACCUCCACCUCAACGAACGGGGCUUCGCCUUCAUCACAUUCGCUGACGCCGCUGGGGCCAAGAGCGCGCUCGAGUGGAAUGACACCGAGUUCCAGGGCAGAAGGGUCGGUGAGGGAGGGAGGAUCACGUCAGUCAGUCAACACAGAGACUCAUCGAGCUGUCUCUCUCUGCAUGUGUGUGUGUGUGUGUGUGUGGUUUAGUUGCGCAUCAACUACUCGGACAGCAAGCCGGGCUCGCGGCAGUCUGGGGGCGGCCAAGGACAGGGGGGCGGGGGCGGGGGCGGCAGACCCAGAGGGGACAAACCCGAUGGCGUAAGUCAAGACUGUCUCUCUCUCUCUCUCUCUCACCCUUCAAUGUUGUGUGUGCGUGUGUGUGGGUGUGCAGGUCAAGAGUUUGAUGCUGGUCAACUUGUCCAAGAAAGCGACCGAAGACGACGUGCAGAACGCCUUCGAAGACGCCGGUGAGUGCGUGGGAUGCGGAUUGAUGCAUCCAUCCAUUCAUCCAUCCAUGUGUGUGUUCAGGUGAGAUCGAGAACAUCAAGAUCCUCAAGGACAGGGAAACCUACGAAGUGAGUCAGCUGAGCACACCAACACACCAACAUUAUCACUCACCUAGAAGAGAGACAGACAGACAGACAGACACCUGCAUCCACCCAAUGCCUUGCCGUGGUGUGGUCCGGUGUGUGUAUGUAUGUUAUGUCGUCACACCCACCGCAUACAAACAGCCCCGUGGCAUAGCCUUUGUCGACUUCGCGACCGAGGAGGGCUGUAUCGCCGCAGCCCAAAUGGACGACGUCGACAUCAAGGGACAAACCGUUCAGGUCCGUACUCCUUCCCCCCUCCCCCCAUGUCGUUCCCACUGUGUGUCUCUGUGUGUAGAUGCGUUGGGGCGGCGAGCCGGGCGGCCGCGGGGGCGGCAGGGGCGGCAGAGGGGGUGGCGACAGAGGUGCGCACACCCACAACACACCAUAGAACACAGGCACUCAGACAGACAGAUGCUCUCUCUGCAUCAAUCCUGUCUGUCUGUCUGUCUGUCUGUCUGCAUCAAUCAGGUGGGCGUGGCGGCCGCGGGGGCGGCAGAGGGGGGCGAGGGGGUGGGGGCGAUAGAGGUGCGCAAUCACACCAACCUCGAGACCCACGAAAGAGGGCUUCACUCGCACAAUGUGUGUGUGUGUGUGUAGGUGGCCGCGGUGGUCGUGGUGGCGGUCGUGGCGGCCGGGGAGGAGGGCGGGGCAACGCCGCUGCUGCCGCGGCCAACAGAGGUGCGCAUAAGCGGGCAUAGAGACGAACACGCAUAUGUUGUCGGGAUGACGAGUAAGUACUGCUGUGGUUGGUGUAUUGUAUUGUGUUGUGUUGCGUUGUGUGUGUUCAGGUGACGUGCAGGCCUUUGGCGGCAAGAAACAAACGUUCGCUGACGACGGUCGGUGAGAGAGGCAGAGAGGCAGGCUGCCAGAGGAUUUGAUGUCCGUCUGGCUGUGUGUGUGUGUGCAGAUGACGAAGACUAGACAACCAGAGGGUAGAGGAGUCCAGUGGUGUGGGGGCUGGCUGCCUGCUUGGCCACUCGCUCACCGACCCACUCACUCCUCAACACGCAACACCAUAGACACCAUACCAUACAUAAGACACACACCCUGCCUGCCUGCGAUACUUACAUACAAAUCCGUAUACCCAUCCAUCUUUCAUACGCUUUGUGUGUGAGAACACGUGUGUAUGUGAUGUGAUGUGAUGGGAUGUGUGCGCCAGAGUUUAAGCCAUCCAUGACUGACUGACUGACUGACUGACCUUCACUGACUGGCCGAUGCAUGCUUGUGGGAGGGAUGGAUGGAUGGAUGGAUGAGAGAAUGGAUAAUGGUUGGAGGGAUGGGGCCCAAGGUUUUAC